AGCAUUAUAGGUUUGAUCUGCAAGAAACAUCAGCCACAGUGUGCCCAGAUGUAAGAAUGUGGUACUUCUCCGUAGGAGUCGAUUUGAAGUUUUUGUAGAAACUUUUUCAUUUUUGAAUUUGCCUUUGGUCUUCACCUUUUGGAUUGCAGUAUGUGCAUCAACAACGGAGCAAGGGACUAGAAGAACAUUAGGCACGCGUCUUCCAUAUGUGAACAUCGUGCACAAGAAAUAAUUCAUUUCUGAAGCAGAUCAUGAUUCCGUGCGAUGCGGCGACUGAUUCCUCUCAUUGCCCUCUUCUGCUUGGGCUGUCCGAGGUUCGUUUGGCCCGAGGUAAUUUUUCGCCCAGAGAAAAAUGCGCAGAGCAAGCACGAUCAGGACGCCGGGCAGAAGUCCACUCUCGAGGAGGGUCGUUCUUCUCCCACACGAGAUACUACUCACGCACCGAACGCCGGACCGGACGCCGUGGGGGAAGCUCGGGGAGCAGCAGCAGAGAAGCCAAUAACAACUGUCAGGAGUACAACAUCAAUUGCGGGGGAGCAGGCACCUUCGGCGAAGAAAGUAGGCGCGUCAACGCAGCAGACCGAAGAUGCCCGAACACCGGAGGAUCGGAGGACAGAACACAAACAGACGGCGCACGAAAUUGGAGAAGAAGAAGACGCUCCAGGAGAAGAAGAUGUGGUAGCGGAGGUUCUGAAAAAGAAAGCUGCAGCGGAGACAGCAAAAAGAACCACACAUUUUGCAGCGAGGGUAGAAGUAGAAGAAGGAGCAGAAUUGUUGGCGACAAAACAAAAACUCCAGAAGCCUCGUCCAACAAUUUCAAAAGAGGACGAAGAUAGUAGACAGACGACUGUAGUGAACCUCCAGGACGAGAAAGAACAGUAUCAAAGAGAAACGAACUUGGCUUCCGAAGCCGUUCUGGACGAGGCUGUGCCAACAUUACUAGAUAAAAGCGAAAAGAUACCUGCAGACGUUCUUACGGCUCCUGUGUCUACACUCCCCACGGAUCAUCCGCCCCCCGACGUGCCGGAAAAAAGCGGCGAUGCGGUGCCUCCGCGCAAAGAAGAAGCUCCUACAUCACCGCCACAAGGGAAAACAACCUCGGAAGUCGAAGAGCAGCCUCCGCGCCUCCUUCCGAGGAUAUUUUCUCGGGCGUCAGUGGCACGGAGUUCCACCAAAGAUAUGCUGGUGGGGGAAGUAGAGCAGAUCCGGAUGAAGAAAGACCAGCACGAAGUUGUCAAGGAUAACAACCCGGGCAGUCUGGGUGAACAGCAUCAAGACCGCACUUCUACAGCGACAAGAGACCACGACGACAAAAAGCUCGAGAGAGGUCGUGCCGAGAGGACGGAUCACGAACGCCAAAUGAACCAGCGCUUCGCGGCCGCUCUGGUGGAGCAGGACGACCCCGUUUACAACGACAAGGCGAAGAAUAGCGACGACUCGCAUAGCGACAGCGACUUUCCCCCCGACAGUGACGACCCGAGUGUUGUACCUCUCGUUGUACCAGCACGCAGCCUGCUGCAUCAGGAUACGAAUGUUUUUCUUGCCGAUGAAGAUCCCAGCAGCAGGUCUGUACUACACCAUCAACCCCGGCAGUUUUUUCUGUCCCCGUUUGACGACGCGUGCGGUGAAAAGGAAUCUGCCGUGGUGAACCAAUUUGCGCUGCUGAACUCCGCAGAACAGGUACUGUUGCCGUACGAGCAGUUCUCAUCGGCCACCGGUACAGCAAGGAGCUCCGGAUCAAGUAGUACAGCUGCCCUCCCGCAGGAAAGACAUGGUGCCCAGCAUCCAACGACUUUCUACCGUUGCGACUUUCUCUUCCUGCCCUCCUGGUACCAGCCCCUGUUUCCGCAACAGCAAAAGUGCGGGAACCAAAGACUCGACUACUGCCUGUUCAGCAGCAGCCGCGGCCUGGUGCUGUACGAUUCUGGCACGAGGACCGCGGGCCUUUUCCCGACACAUGGCCUUCGCGCGGGAGAGGAAAUGAUGGACUUGUACGAGUUAAUGACUUUUGACGGAACUACAACGGUGAACGCUAAUGAGUACCGGUCGCUCGAGCGGUACAAGGCGGAGCUCUGCGCGCUGAGCAAUUUUCCAUUUCCGGCCGUCAAGCUGAACCCGAUCCACUACUACCGCUACCCCUGGGUCCGCAAGUGGUUCCAAGAGCGCGAAAAGCACUGUCUCGACUACGAGCAGGAACAAGCAGGGCUCCUGACCUCCUCCGGUACGCAGCAUGAAGAACGGUGCGCGCUUUUGAAGUCGCAAGCGAGCAAGCAUUUGCUGUAUCUGCCGGACUACUUUGGCGCCUCUGGCAGGUUGGAUGACGGGCCGUUGAGGACGACGCUGCACUUCUUCCUCGGCCAGUCGCACUGGCGGGAAAACGAGUGGUGGAAGCUCGGGAUGACAGAAACGUUUUGCCACCCCUUCUUGCAGCGAGCGAACUACUGCAGCGAGUCGGCCGUCCAGCCGGAGUUUGCGCCCAGAGGGAUGGCCGAGGAGAAACCGGACGAGGCCGCAGCAGAGCCGGUCAAGUGGAAAAGUAUAUUGAUUGAGGGUUCAUUCUUGUCAUCAAAGCGUGAUAUGAACCAUUCUCGACGUCGCACUGCUCUAGUUCUGUGCACGCGUCGCGUUAUUUUUGCAAUCCUUUGACUGUGGUUGUUGACGUGAUGGCUAGUUGUCAUGAUCAGAGAGGUGGACAAGAAAUUGUCUGCAAUCUCAUGGGCUUUGUUUUGGCUUUGCUCAACCUGGACUGUAAAUGUGGUUUUCAACAACGUUGAGUUUAUGUAGCAGAGAAGUUUUUAUGAAAGGACAAAGAGCUAGAACAUCAUCAACUCCGAAAAAUAUUUACACAACAGCCUGGACCCCGCGCGCCCCGCUCCGUGGUCGAACCACGUUCCGCGCAAAGACCUACCUUCGUCUCGAGCUCGAGAAAUGCCGCAUUACCGAGCCGUUUUACCAGUGCGAUGCGUACAAGGGCGCGGAGUGGACGGUGAUCUGGCGGCACAUUGGGCCGUUCGUUGCCGACGCGAUGUACGGGCUGGACGUGGAGCAGGUGCAUACCAAAUUUCUCCCCGGCACGGUCGCGGCCGACCCGUUGCGGCGGUACAACGAGCAAAGGAGGACGCGAAUCGCGCACCGGGGGGAGACGUUACGGCAGCUGGAGUUGGAGCGCCAGCGGCAGCUCGAGCAGGAACGCCUGGAGCAGGAGCUUCGGGAGAAUGCGACAGCAGCGAAUGCGACAAACGACACCGCAGUCGAAGAAGUAGCAGACGAGGCGCAGCAGCAGUCCGCGGGUAGUCUGAUGGGGAAUCUGCUCGGUGCCAUCCUCGACCCGCUGGGCAGGGGGAAGGCAGCAACGGCGGAAAAAGAAGCUGCUACAAAAGAUCUCCGACUUUCAUCCGAGGAAGUUGCGAGCAAAGACGAUGCUGCAACGGCAGCGGGUCGUGAAGAUGACGACGACGUUAUAGAGACGGAAGAAGAGGAUGAUGAUUCAUCCCCCGACACAGAAGAUGAAGAUGACGAGGAGGAUGAAGAAGCAGACCCUGCUGCUGGUGCAGCUUCCGACGAGCCGUUGACCCACUACAUGCACUCGGUGCCGAUCCCGGAUGUGUGGCUGGACGGGGCGUUCUCCGCAUUCGAGCCCUUCGUGGAGGAGAAAAAGAAGCUGGAGGAGAAGGAAAUUCUGGAAAAGAACCGGUUCCUCACCACCGCGAUCAAUCUGAAGGAGGAUUUAAAGAAGAUGGAGUUCGACUACGCCAAUCAAGCGGCGGGCGCGAAGAUUUUGGACUUCGCGGAAGGCACCACGGGCGCGUCGCACGUGCUGCGGCCCGACCCCGCGGCCUACAUGCUCACCCCCUGCUCGCACACCCCGAGCUGGUUCGUGAUCGGACUGCCCGAGUACAUAUCGCUGGAAAAAGUGGGGUUCUCCUCGCUGGAGUUCUUCGCCUCGCAGUUUCGGCACCUGCAGAUCCUCGGGUCGUCCUCCUACCCCGUCGAGCGCUGGCGGGUGCUGGCGGAGGUGGAGCUGUCGCUGUCGGAAACCCACCAGAUUUUCGACGUGAGCCAGCGGUGCGGGCGCCAGGAGAACGGCUGCUGGGUGCGGUUCCUGAAGAUUCGCGCCCUGUCCCACUACAACCUGGACGGGUCCGUGUACUGCGCGCUGACAAAGAUACAGGUGUUCGGCGGCACGGCGCUGAAGGAACUGGACCGGCAGCUGGAGAAGGAGGACGAGGCGCUGUCCAGCCAAAACCUCCCGGUGCCGAACGUGCAGGACGUGCUCGGGGAGUACCACGACCGCGAGAACUUUUUCUCCCUCGAGCCCGACCUGUUCCUCAAGCGGUUGGGGAUUUUCGACACGGCGGGCUACCUGCGGAUGAGCGGCGGCACCCCUGUGAGUUCUCCUACGGCGGUCGUUGGAGCUGCGCCCGCCGCCGGUGCGAGCAGCUCUGCUUCGCUGAACGCCGGCGGACAGCCAGCCGCUGCGCCGGUGAUGUGGCCGUCUUCCGACGGGUCGUCGGGGGCCGCGCAGCCGGAGCAGGCGGGCGGCGGGGCAGGUGGGGCCAGCACAGCCACGAGCACGUCCACGCUGGGCGGCGGACAACAGGGGAGUAGUGCUGCGGAUCUUUCUGCAAGUGGAGCGACAGCAGGUGGUCUCCCACUCACCGGCAAGAAUAACGGCGGAGAGCUACACCCCACCGGCAGCCUUUUGCGGAGAAAGGGCAGCGAGUUGCUCGGUCCGCAAGCGAACGGGAGCAGUAGCGGGCAGGAUGGAAAAAUCCGAUCGCAGACGGAAAACGGCGGACAGCAAGCCGCUGACUUUGGAGGUGCAAGCGCAAGUGGAAUGGAUUCGUCGUUUCGGGCAGAGCAGAACCAAAACAACAAACCGACAUCAAAUGACGGCGGUGCUGGUUCAAUGCCAUAUAAUUCGGGCACAAGAACAACUAUAUCAGGGGCCGAUGGGGGAGACAGUUCGUUGUCAGGAACACCAGCAGUCUCAGGUUCAGCCACUGCUGGCGGAGGCGAUUCUGGAAAUGCCGCCCCAUCGUCCUCUGCCGCAGCUGGACAAGCCAACAUAACCGCGACCGGUGCGGGAGAGGUUGGUGGUACGACCAGCACGGCCGCCGCGACGAAAUCGCCGCCGCAGACGCUAAAUUUUGUCGGGGACGAGGGCGAUUACACGCCACCGAUAGAAACGAGUCAUCCCAUGAGCGCUGCUUCGGUGUCCGCCCGGAUCCUACAGUUUGAUGACCUGGACGGAAAUUUUCCCUGGAUGACAAGCGCGGGGGACAAGUCCCUGACCAAUAUCGGUGGGACGAAGGAGGCCACGAAUCUGCUGAAGCAGAUCGUGACGCUCUUCGAUGCCAACGCGAAGCGAGGCAGUGCAGACGGCGCAGGUAGUGGCGGUGAGGGCGUUGGCACUGGUAGCGACCCCGGCUCGGCAGGUGGACACUACGCGAAUAGCGCGAGCAACAUGCAGCAGCUGGACACGCUGCUCACCUCCUUGAUUGGCCAAGCCGGCGGACCGCAUCACGCCGGGGCGGACGGCCGGGGGCUUCCGACCGAUUUUCUGUACAGCGAGGACUCCUUGACCGGGGCGGGUGCCAGGGCGGCGAAGGCGCUAACGCCGGUCAACAUGCCCGGGGGCACCGAAAAGCCGGCCCUGAUGCGCAUUUUGGAAAACAUUCGCCUGCUGGAAGCGAAGCACGUGGACCUGUCCAAGUUGUCGCGGAAUCUGGUGGGGAGCAUGCGCAACUUUGAACUACUGUUGGCGCUGCUCUCCUCGGUGCUGCUCAACGUCGAAAGCGCCACGAAAGACUACAAGACACGGGUGGAACGGGUGCACCGGCUGGUGUUAGGAGGCACGGGCGCGAACGAACGGAAAAACGCACUCAGCCGCGAGCACUGCUUCUCGCCACAGAGCACUGGUCUUGUUGCAGCAGGGGCUUCGGCGAGUGUCUCGGGCGGAAGUAGCAGUGUCGCGGCCGUCAAGAACGAAACGCUCGCGAACCAGACCGGCGCGGUUGUGUCGGCAGCCGGCGGCAUUGUCCUAAACCAAGCCAGUGGAGCGGAUGGUAAAAAGUCCUUUCAGGAUUUCAGACUACUACACGGAGUUGAUAUUUUCAUACGGUUUUUUUGAAUUCGACGCACUUUAUAUAGGAUCAUGAGAACCUACCCCGUCCGCAGGUAUCAGCUCUACCGCCACCACAGGCGGCGCCGCCUCCGCGGCGUCUUCACCAGUAGACCGAGGAACCAACACCUUCGACGAUCCGCUGCUCUGUCUUCUGGAAGUUGCCAUCAAGGAAGCCGCAGCGCACGGGGAGGACGUGUUUUCGAAGUUAGGUUUGAAUCCCGCCGGCGCGGCGACAAAUUUUUCCUCGAACGGAACUAAAAGCGGGGUGACCGGGGCCGCAGCUGCACACCAUCUUGGAGAUUCCCCGGCGUCAGCAACGAGCUCAGACGACUCGAGUUCAACGUCCCGCCUCUUGCAGUCAAAGAAAUACGUCGUGCACUUGCUCACUUCGGGCCUGGAAACAAUUUUGCAGCAAGUGAACGCGCUUUUCGCUUUCGUGCUCGGGGACGAGACGUUUAUGUUGUUUCCGUCGUCUGGUACGGACAACAAGGGCGCAGCAGCAGGGACGAAGAUGAAGGGUGGAAGUGGAACUAGCAGUAAAACAGCGUCUACAACAGCAGCGGCAUCUAGUGGCACCAUUUCCGGAAAAAUGCUAUCAUCUUUCUUGGAACGCUUUCUCCCGUUCUUCGAGGAGAAACUGGCACUGGUACACCGGAAUUUGCCGAGCUCGCUGCAGGUGUUCUUCUCCAAGGAGACAGUAAGCACGAUCGCCGAGAUCUUGCAAGACGAGAUUCUUGCGCACGUCAGUUGGGAGCAGUGGAUCCUGGCUUACCUCCUCCUCUAUCACGCCUACAGUCUUCUUUGCAGAAGGAGAAAUAGUAUGUAGUGAGGUCACCGAACGGUUCUAACCGGGGAGUUUUUUUGACACCCAGACAGCAAAACGGCCGGAAGUUUUCAGGCGGGCGGACGUGUUUUUGGACGUAAAAGAUUUCCAUUUAUCAAGCGGCCGGGGCUUUGAAGUCAAACAAGCCCGGUUGAAAACUAUCGAUUCGCACUUGAUAAAACGACGCAGGGGAGCCGGCAAAAGGGGCGCCCUUCUGAGGCGCCCACCGCCUUAGUUUCUGGCGCUUUGGGGGUCCCAAAAAGGGGCGCGCAAAAAACGCGCCAAAAAUCAGAACAGCGAAACAGCAUGGCACGGCCGCGAUUUCGGAGCAUUUUGGGCGGUCGCGAGAGCGGCCGCCUUUUCGCCGGUUUCAGAGCCUGGGAAGGUUUGCAAAACGCGCCGGCGUGAAAAAUAAAACGCGAAAAAGAAAAAGCGCCCCAGACGCGCAAAGCCAAUGCGCAUGCUAUGGGCCCGAUUUUUCUUCGCUUUUUGGGCGCCCCCCGUGGCACCCGGAUCGGCCCCAUAGCAUGGGGGCUGGCCUUCGGAAAGGAAUUUCGAUAAUUUGCCAAACUUUGCGACGUUUAUCAAGUGGCCGCCAUACCGUGCGGCCUAACGUUACUCACGGCGGUAUGGCGAGCCCAGAAAAAGCAAAGCCGUGGCCAAGGCGAUGGCCGGCAAGAAAACGCCCACGACCUCACUACCUCCGCCCCGGCGGCUAUAAUUGGUACUAAACCCGAAGCAGACCAUUCUUACCCCUCUUCAACUUCUCGGAACGUCGGGACGACCAGAAGGGUGUCAAUCGUCUCUGAGCGGGAAAACAACUCUUCCAUCCGCGAGGGUAGCCACCGGAGCAGCAGCAGCAGCGUUCCUUCGUACGACAGGGAGGCUGUAGUACUUAACUCGGAUCGGAUCCUAAUCGAGGACCAGCAAAUUGCGCCCAGCAGUCGGGUCUUCUUCCGAGGAAACGAGCAGCAGCAUAUGAUUAGAGAUCAGAGGACUGCUGUUGGUGAAGAUGUGGCCAGCACAAGAAGCGAGUUGCAAAGUAGCCAGCCAGGUCAACAUCUGAGCUUCGGAGCGGCAGGUGUUCAGUCCUUCCACCAACACAAUCCGCAGAACUACACGGCUCAACUUCUUCCACAACAAAAUUACGGCCCCCAUUCCUUAUCUCCACCUCUGCAGUUUGAAACUGCGACGACCUACGCCCGGUUUUCCGCGGCGGAACAAUCGGAGCCCCCAGCGACGGCCGCGGACUCGCACCAACAGCUGAGUCCCAUGUUCUCGACGCAUUCCCAGGACCUCCGGAAAUUUACGAACACUUCGGCGGAACUACUGACGCCGGAUAUGCAUUGCACAAACAAGAUCGGACUUCGUAUAUUUAUAAUGAACGCAUGACAAAAUUUUACGUAGUGAAAGAACGUGUGCAAAAAUUUCUGUCAUGCAAGUAGACUUUUGCAUUAUUAAAAUACGAUUGCGAUGCUUGUUUUACACAUGACACCGGACUCCACUCCGCAAUUUGGUGCGGGCAGUGACGACGUGGUCGUAUUCGCGCCGAACAACUUGGAGGUGAACACGUCGACAAGUAGUACUCUGAAGGGAUUGACGGAGCAAAGCGCGUUCAUUUUUCACCAGCAAGGAGGGGUCAUCACCGAUGAAAGCAAUUCGUUUGGCCACGCCGAACCGGAGCAAAUCAACCACCUGCAGACCACUCGACUCUAUCAAGGAGCAGGACAAGAACUUCCUGGAUCCUCUUUGUCGCAGCAGGUAGUUAAUAUCGGUGGAGCUGCAAGUAGCCGAACUGACACUGAGUUAAUGAGUCAUUCUGCUGCUACGCAAGAGGAACAGCAAGAAGCGAAUGAACAGCGAAGCGGAAUAAAUCCGCCGAAGCGGGCCGGGCCGGCGAAAGAUGGGUCGCCACCUGCGCUGAUGUCGCCACCGUCCGUAGAUAAGAUUUUGCCCCCGAUAGCGACGCUUUCUUCAGAAGAUCCGUGCGAUGUUCUUGUUGGUAGUAGUGAUCAUCCCGGGCAGCUGGUGGGACAACUACAGAGCGUCGAGCAUCGUGGUCCAGAGGCGACGUUGCCUACUAACGAUGACUUCGAAGAGGACGACGCAAGGGGGAAUGAUUCAUCCUCUCGCGGCGUCUUGUUCCCUGGUACAACCGCCAGUAGCAGCUACAACACUUCUUCCACCACUUCCGCCGCUGCCUUGUUCGAUUUGAACGUGAAAUCUAACGCGCUGCACCAGCCGCCAGGGGCGAGCGCCUGUGUAAUAGCCAACGCGGCGGCCACGAUCAGUGGGGUUAGUGGCACGCAACUCGCACGGGAACUCACCGCCGCACGCUCCGAGCAAGACCGACAGUUUAACCGGCAUGUCAAGCAAAGCUCGAAAAACCAAAAGGACAGCGCUCAACGAUAGACACAGGUUGGCUGUUUUUUUGUUACAACAAGGAAGUACCUGCAGCAGAUGAAUUUUUGCAUUGUUAUGAUUACGACCCUAGUUGUACUCGUGCCGCCUUUGGCUUUGCCCCUGGGAGGGAAUGCGGGGCGGUAAGACAUGGCGUCCGAUUGAUAUAAAAGCCCCUUUUCUGCAUUUUUUUCCCAUUAUUUCAGCUCCCCCUAGUACAUUUAUUUUCCGAACAAGCGAUUAUACUGAAUACCCCUAAUCUCCUUGAACAUCGUGUCCGCGCCGCAAGAGUUGUCAUUCAGGAUUUUGGAUUGCAUAGCAAACUGAGAAGAUUUUCACUUUUUUCAUGUUUUCACAAUUUUCAACACACCAAAGAAAUUUCACUUGUAGAAAACCGUUGGAGCAAUGUCUGCACCGGCGACAGCGGUUGGAGCAACUCACAUGCACACAUGUUUGCAUUUGAUUGAGACUGAGACUUUCGAGAUAAGUAGAGCAGCUGCUGCACAAAAGAUACAAACAAAGAGACAACUGAGGAUAUAUAUGAUUUCUACACGAGUUCUUCUGUGCCUCCGUUUGACGGCGCUGGUGGGCUGCAUGCAGAAGUACAGCUCAAGUCACGAAAGAGAAUUACUAAACGUUUGCAACGAGAAACCAAAACAGAAGGGCUGUGUCUGUGCAACCGGAGUAUAGUAGGAAAGACUGACUGCGACUGAAUGAUAGCACGAUGAAAUUCGUUUCUCAUCCAACUACUUCGCCACGUAACGGUGAAACAUUGCCCGGCUUUCGACAGCCUCUUGAUACACGGCAAGCUCGUAACUUUUCAGCGUUGUUCACGAUUUUUUCGGAGUUGUUGUACCAGAUAGAAACUCACUCUCACUUUAGCUUUUCUCUCCUGAGGUGGAGUGAAUCAAUGCUCGUAAGAGCGACGUAUAGAGCGGAGGUGCGAGAGCGAAUAAGUGACCAGAGGGAAGUAGUAC